UCCCACGCUGUCCCCUCGCUCGUCUCCUCUGUCCCACGCUGUCCCUUCGCUCCAUCCCGCUGUCCCCUUGCUCCCUUCGCGGUGCUCUCGCUCCAUCCCGCUGUCCGCUCGCUCCUCUCCGCUGUCCCUCCGCUGUCCCCGCUGUGUCCCCGCGCUGUCCCCGCCAUGCCGUCCCCGCUGCCGCCCACGCCGGUGCUGUUGGCGGAGCGGGUGCCGGUGCUGCUGUCGUGCGCGCUGUCCUGCGCGGGCUCGGCGCUGCUGCUCUGCUCCCAGGCGCUCUGGCCGGAGCUGCGGACGCGCCCGCGGCAGCUGCUGCUGCACCUGAGCCUGGCCGACCUGCUCUCCGCCCUCUCCUACUUCUACGGCGUGCUAAGGGACUUCCAGGGCACCUCGUGGGACUGCGUCCUGCAGGGAGCCCUGUCCACCUUCGCCAACACCAGCUCCUUCUUCUGGACCAUGGCCAUCGCCCUCUACCUGUACCUGAGCAUCGUCAGGGGCUCCCCCGCGGGCCAGGGCUUGCUCUGGGGCUUCCACGCCGUCAGCUGGGGUGUCCCCCUGGCCAUCACGGUGGCUGCUGUGGCUCUCAGGAAGAUUGGCUACGACGCCUCCAACGUCUCCGUGGGCUGGUGCUGGGUCAACCUGGACGCUGAGGAUCGGCUGCUGUGGAUGCUGCUGGCAGGAAAGCUCUGGGAGAUCCUGGCCUAUGUCACCCUGCCAGUGCUCUACCUCCUCAUCAGGAAGCACAUUAACAGAGCUCACGCUGCCCUCUCCGAGUACCGCCCCAUCCUGCCCGCAGCCCCUGCCCUGCAGCCCCGCGCCAGCGUGGCGGACAAGAAGCUGAUCCUCAUCCCCCUCAUCUUCAUCUUCCUCCGCAUCUGGAGCACGGUGCGCUUCGUGCUGACCCUGUGUGACUCCCCUGCCGUGCAGAACCCCGUCCUGGUCGUGCUGCACGGGAUCGGGAACACGUUCCAAGGAGGAGCCAACUGCAUCCUGUUCGUGCUGUGCACCCGGGCAGUGCGGGCCCGCCUGCUGGCCCUGCUCUGCUGCAGCCCCUCUGCAGAGCUGCCCUGGCCUGGCCAGGGCCCCCCCGGCUCCUGGCAGCACCCCCAGACCCACAGGGACGGGGACAAGGACAAGGACCUGGAUGUGCCCGGGCAGACGAAGCCGCUGCUGCCCAGCACCUGAGCUGGCCCUGGCUGCUGCUGAUUCCUCCUCUCAUGGGCGCUGUGACAGCCCCACAGAGGGAGCUGCAGCCCGGGGAAAGCGGCGCUGGAGAGGCUGAGCCCUGGACAGGUCCCGGAGCUGCUCGGCUGUGUCAGGAUCCUCUGGAGCACGCUGCACUCCCGUUUGUCUCCCCUCCUUCCCACUGGGAAGCUGAACCCUCGCUUGGGGUCUGUUGUUUUCUGCCUGCCCAGGCCGAUGUGGUGAGUUCUGAGGUGAACAGAGCCCGGGCCAGGAGGCUGCAGGAGCUGCUGCAGGA